GAGCUCAAGACCAACCAUGGACACAAGGAAGAGCUCUCAUGUAUUCUUCUACUUCCUUCUUGGUUUUGGUCUCUCCAUCACAGCUUUAAACUCAGUGCAUAAGAAGCUUGAAAACAGAGUCUUCACUUACCAAGACGUACUCGUAUCCAAGAACUUGAUGCAUGAAUGGAUGGAUAAGCCUGGAUGGAUGAAUGGAAAGCUUGAAGAUGAACCAGAAGCUGGAGUGGAACAUGCUGACCUUAUUUUUGCUGUGAAAAUCAUGUUAAACAAGCUGGAAAAGAUGUGAUCAGACUCAUGGAUGACUUAGGCUUUUUUCUCAGCCUAAAAGAAGAUCAAUAUCCAAGUUGAGGAUCCAUUCUCUCUUUCUGAAUGGACAGCCACGAAAUUCAAGUCAAGAAGUCAGCCAAAAUUAUUAUUAUUGAGUUUUUAAGAAAAUUUUAGUUUUAAUUAAGUUUUUCUCAUUUUUCUACAAUUUUAGGACUUUUUUACUUUCUUCUUCUUCUCUACUUAAACUCUCUUUUGUUUCAGAACAAAACAUUUCACCAUUUUUAUAAAAAUCUCUCUAAAUCUGUGAAUCCUUUGUUCAUCUUUGAACAUCGAUUGCUAGGAGUUCAUUCUCUGCAAGCAAAACCUGUCUUUGAUUGAAAUCAAAGUUCAUUCUCUUGAUCAAAGACACAUCUAAACAAGAUCUUGUCAAUCCAUAGAUCAUUUCCGAAGAUCAUCCCAUCAAACAAUCUAUCUCCAUCAAAAUCAAUCCAUAUCACUCUCAAACCAUCAGAUCUUCAUUCAAAAAAAUCAGGGACAAUUGAAUCUCCUCACCAGGGAUUCAUCAAGUGGUAUCAGAGCAGAUCUGAAGGAUCUUGAUCAGGGGCCAACCAGAUUAAAAAAAAAACGAAAAAAAACAGAAAAGUUGAAGAGAUAUCCAACUUGGCUGAAGAGAAAUUCAGCCAGCUGAAGAGAAAUCCAGCCCUAGUGAUAAUGCCUCUUGCAAACAAAAAUCUUGCAAUCUGUCUAUCUCUUUCUUCUGUUUUGGGGUUAAGGUUUGUUCUCUGAAGAUUGAUCUUUGUUUGUUGCUGAGCUACUGGAUUCACAGAAAAAAUACACAGAAAAAUUCAGAGAGAAACACUUGAGAGUUUGUGAGACUUCGGCUAUCUGUUAUUGUGCUAAUUUUUCUCGUUGAGAUUGUAACAUGAAACCAUGGCUGGGGAUGUCAGUAAAAGAAAGGAGGCACCAACUAUGAAAUUGAAUAAAUUUCAGAUGGAAGCAAUGAUGUCUGAGAUCAUGAGAAGAAUGAAAAACUAUGAAAGAAACAUGCUGAUGAUUUCUUUGAUAAUGUUUCUCAGGUUCAGAAGGAAGCUAGGACCAAAAGGAGUAGCCAGGAUGUAUCCAGUGCUACUAGACGUCCUGAGAGAAACCCACAGCCUGACCUAUUCAGUUCCUCCACAAAGAGUUUGCUAGAAAAAAAGACGAUACUUGUUAAGUAAAGAAAAAUCGGGUUUUAACAAAUCUGAUUUGUUGCAGGAAAGGUCACGACCAGGGAGGCUGCUGGACACUCUUAUUAGGAGGAGCAGAGGGCAAUCUAAACAGUCCACAGAAGAAACAAAACCUGUCCAUAGUCGUGAUGAUCAUGAGUUGCUGCGGGGAGCUCUUAAGCGGAUGAGUAGUCCCCAAAACAUUACUGAUAUGUGUAACCAGAUAUUCAAGGAUUUAGAGAAGGACAAAAGACAGAGCACACGACCUUCCUCAAAGGCUACUGACCCAAGGAAUUGUAGCAAGCAGGAACAGAUUAUCCAAGAGCUGAAAAGAGAGCCAUCUAAUAAGCAUUGUCUCCAUUUCUAAGGUCUCAGAAGAACACUCACCAUAAAUAGAACAAAAGAGUUUAACACGAGGUGAAGUGAUGGAGCAACAGAGCAGCUUGGAGCUGAGCACAAUUCCUAAUUCUUUGUUCCCCAGCCUGCAAGAGCAUUGUAAGGAACUUAAUAAGAUUAUUUCAGUGCCUGGAUUGUUUGUUUUGGUGUCUACUAAAGAUGAAAAACGUUUUGGUCUAGAAAAUGUGAAAGAAUUUUGUGUUUCAAAAUCUGUUUUUGGUAAACAUGAUUUUUCUUUUAAGAAAUUUGAACCAGAUAAAUUUUCUGAAGAAAAAGGUUUUUCCUGUGAUAGUGACAUCAAUCCUGGUCUUGUUUUGAGUUUUGAUCUGUUUAUGGAACACAACAAAAGCCUGGAUUACCUUGAAAAGAGAUUAGAGCUUAUUCUGCAACAACCUGUUUUCUGUUCUAGAAAAUCAUUUGAUUCAUUUGUCUUCAAAGAAAAUAGCUUUGUUCUGAGUUGUUCUAAGAAUAAAAUAGCCACUGGUUAUUUGUUUUCUUCCUCACAUGUCUGGAAAGAGUUUAUGGUUAGGAAUUUUCAGAAACCAAAAUCACUUAGAGAUGAAACCGAUUUUAUUUGUGAUUCUGUUUUUAAACUUUGUAUAUUGGGUUCUGAAUCUGAUAAACCUUGGCAUGUUUUGAGAUCAUUUCUUGAGAAUUGUGUCGUUUUAAGCUUUGAUGAUAUUCUUGUUUACAAUACUUUCUUUGAUAAGCAUGCUGAGCCUUGGUUAAGUAAUUCUCGGUUUGAACUUGAUCUUUUGUGUUCUGAAUAUGAGGAACUUGUGCCUGUUCUAAAAUUGUUCUUUAAGAACCAUGUUAUCUUGUGCCUUGAUACCAUUCUAGUGUACAAUACUUACUUUGAUAUGCAUCAUCAAGGUCUGAAACAUUUGCUGCAUGAUAUAGGGAAAGAAAGUUUGGUUUUUGAUCUGAACAAGGGCAUGUGUUGCACUGAUAAUUCUGGAUAUCUAGUCUCUGUUUUGACUGUCCAGGAACAACAGGAUCAGUCUCAAAGGAGAAAAAGCAAACACCAUGCUUAUCAGCCAGAGAUUUGGAGAUGGAAGUACUUGAGGAAAAUGACUUCAAAACUCCAAGGAAGUUUAUGUCCUAAAUCUUACUUUGAUGAUGUUUUCAUGCUUAUUUUCUUAUCAUUUGUCUCACUUCUUACUUGUUUCCUUUUGAUGUAGGAGUUAUAGAUUUGAGGACAAAUCUUUUCAAAGGACGAGGGGAUGAUGCAACCAUGGUUGAGCCAGAUGAUUAUGCGACAAAGGAUAAGCCUGGAUGGAUGAAUGGAAAGCUUGAAGAUGAACCAGAAGCUGGAGUGGAGCAUGCUGACCUUAUUUUUGCUGUGAAAAUCAUGUUAAACAAGCUGGAAAAGAUGUGAUCAGACUCAUGGAUGACUUAGGCCUCUUUCUCAGCCUAAAAGAAGAUCAAUAUCCAAGUUGAGGAUCCAUUCUCUCUUUCUGAAUGGACAGCCACGAAAUUCAAGUCAAGAAGUCAGCCAAAAUAAUUAUUAUUGAGUUUUUAAGACAAUUUUAGUUUUAAUUAAGUUUUUUUUUUUCAUUUUUCUACAAUUUUAGAACUUUUCGAUUUCCUUCUUCUUCUCUACGUAAACUCUCUUUUGUUUCAGAACAAAACAUUUCACUUUUUUUUAUAAAAAUCUCCUUAAAUCUGUGAAUCA